AUGGAUGAAAUAUGGUCAGAAUCAUCUGACUUACACAUGUCAACUCAAGAAAAUGAAAAACCAACUUGCUUUCAUUGCAAGCUGGAUCAUAUCGCCACAUCCAAGUCAUGCGAAUUUCGUCCGAAAAAUCGUGAACAACCAGCUAAGAAGAAACAAAUUCCAGAGCCUAAACAAAGAUCUGAUCGAAGGGCGCCUGAGAAUUCUGCGCGUGAAAAAAGACAGCCUCCUACGAAAUCCAAUUCAGCUGUUUUACGUGGAAACUUAGCGGAUUUCGCGAUGGAUAAAAAUUUCAAGAAUAUGAUCCUCAAGUUCAUUGAAUUCACUAAGAAAUGGAGACGAUUUUCUCUGGUGACAGAUCAUAAACCUUUAGUGGCUAUUUUUCGAAAAGAGGACUUCCUAUCCUCACAGCCACUCUUACAUUAUGCACUGAUAUUGCAAGCAUAUCAGUUUGAUAUUGUGUAUCGAAAUACCAAGGAACACGGUAAUGCUGACUGCCUGUCGCGCCUGCCUCUUAAGUCCGAAGAUUUAAGCAUUAAGGAUGAUGUUGAAAUAUUCCAACUCUCCCAAAUUGAAACUCUUCCGGUAACAGCUAGGGAGAUAGCUCGGGAAACGCGAGCUGAUGAAGAAUUAAAUAGUCUUUAUAUGAAAUUAAAAUCUGGAGAAAGUUUGGAAGGUAGGGAAGCCGAGUACACCUUACAAGAUGACUGUAUAAUGAGUGGUCAGAGGGUAGUUGUUCCGAAAAAACUCCGAGUUAAAAUUCUCGAAGAGUUACACCAAGGACAUUUAGGAAUCGUUAAAAUGAAGGCAAUCGCCAGAUCCUACGUCUUUUGGAAGGGAAUUGAUCAUGAUAUUGAAGAAGUUUCUAGGAACUGUGUCGAUUGUAUUAAGUUCAAAUCAGAUCCAGUAAGGGCAAGGGUCCAUCACUGGGAAUAUCCAAGUGCGCCUUGGGAACGCAUUCACACAAUUGAAUGUUUGAGAGACUGUUUUGCAAGAUACGGACUGCCUUUAGUAGUAGUGAGUGACAAUGGUCCUCAGUUCACAUCGGGGGAAUUUGAAACUUUUAUAAGGAAUAAUGGAAUUAAACACAAAACGUGUGCUCCAUUUAAACCGGCAAGUAACGGGCAAGCAGAGCGGUACGUUUACACCGUUAAACAAGCAUUACGUGCAAUGCAAGGUUAUCCAGGAAAUAUUAAGCAAAAACUUGCCAUAUUCCUCAUGAAUUAUAGAAAGGCACCGAACAUGACAACCUUGUUAAGUCCAGCAAUGUUAUUCUUAAAAAGAGAAAUUAGAACUCGAAUUGAUUUAGUUGUUCCAAAUCUUAAACGAAGAGUGGAAGAACGCAUCCGAAGGAAUACUUAUGAUUUCAAAGACAGAAAUUUUGAGAUCGGAGAAAAGGUUGCCAUUCGGGAUUAUAGAUCGGCAAAUUCCCGAUGGAAAAUUGGCAGAGUGACAAAUAAGGAUGGAGCGCUGCAUUAUACCAUUGACGUUCAAGGAACUUUACUGCGCCAGCACGUCGAUCAGAUCAGAUCGGUAGGGAGCGAGGUUCCGUCUGCACCGAUAAUUUAUGAACCUCGUAUGGCUGCUACUUCAGAUGGAAACGUGAAGCCACAGGCUCCGGACAAGGGCAUUGAACAAAGAAGUGAAGCUGUGCAAACUUCAGCCGGACUUGAAACAUCGUCAGUUCCAAGGAAAACUAAUCCAGUCCUUCCAGUGGAUCCUGAUAAAGAGUUGCAGCAACCUCAGCCAGGACUUAGACGAUCUUCGUGCAUCCGCAAAGAUUAA